GCCCAGCCCCGCCCGCGAGGUGGACGGGCCCGAUCGCUCACGCCCACGCCGGUCCCGCGGGAAGCGCCCCGCCCCGCCCACUCGCCCGUCGCAGGGUUUCCCACGGCCCCCGCCCGCCCCCUGCGCCUCACGCCCGGCCGUCCGCCCUCCCCGCCGCCGGGCGCGCCCAGGCCUUGCGCGAACAUGGCGCUUGUCCCCUGCCAGGUGCUGCGGGUGGCCAUCCUGCUGUCCUACUGCUCUAUUCUGUGCAACUACAAGGCCAUCGAAAUGCCCUCGCAUCAGACCUACGGAGGGAGCUGGAAAUUCCUGACGUUCAUUGAUCUGGUUAUCCAGGCUGUCUUUUUUGGCAUCUGUGUGCUGACUGAUCUCUCCAGUCUUCUGACUAGAGGAAGUGGGAACCAAGAACAAGAGAGGCAGCUCAAGAAGCUCAUUUCUCUUCGGGACUGGAUGCUGGCUGUAUUGGCCUUUCCUGUUGGCGUUUUCGUUGUGGCAGUGUUUUGGAUCAUUUAUGCCUAUGACAGAGAGAUGAUUUACCCGAAGUUGCUUGAUAAUUUUAUCCCAGGGUGGCUGAAUCACGGAAUGCACACAACGGUUUUGCCCUUUAUAUUAAUCGAGAUGAGGACAUCACACCAUGAGUACCCCAGUAGGCGCAGCGGACUCACUGCCAUAUGUACCUUCUCUGUUGGCUAUAUAUUAUGGGUGUGUUGGGUGCAUCAUGUAACUGGGAUGUGGGUGUACCCUUUCCUGGAACACAUUGGCCCAGGAGCCAGAAUCCUCUUCUUUGGGUCUACAACCAUCCUAAUGAACUUUUUGUACCUGCUGGGAGAAGUUCUGAACAGCUAUAUCUGGGACACACAGAGAAGUAUGGAAGAAGAGAAAGAGAAACCUAAAUUGGAAUGAGAUCCAAGUCUAAAUGGAAGAGCAGGAUGGAGCCGCCAUUGAAGACUCUUUACCCCCUGGGCCUUGGUAGUUCAGGAGAGGAAGCUUCAAAGAAAGCAAUGGAAUCCGCCUCCAUCUCCCUGCCCCAGGGGAGGUAGGGGAGGGACACCUUUUAUAGAGAAAUACGUAAGAGAAUAGAAUACAGAUAGUCCCGAAAUAACUUGCCCUCAAUUGUGUUCUAAGGAAUUCUUUUCAAAUUCAUUAUCGAUAAUAACAUUUUUUUCUUUUUUUCUUUCGGCUUCUUCCAGUUUUCAAAGCAAAAACUGGCCGUUGGAUUUUUGCAAUUAUAAUCCUAUUUAAUCAAAAAAAGCUAAAAUCCUGUGGUGUUUCUUGUUGAGAAAUACGUGAAAACGAAAGGGACAUUUGUGAAGUAUGGCAUUCGUGUAUUUAUUUAGUCCUACAAGUGGCCGGAUAAUGAACCUGGGCCACAGGGUGAGCCUGGAGGGAACAGGAUGGAUGUCCCCUAUUGCAAUAAUGUCACAGUUGCCUCAAAUAGGCAAAAUUAGUAAUAAGUGUAUUGAUUUAGUCAAAUCCCUGAGUGUAUUUGGAUCUCAUGAUUUAAUCUUGUGAAAAUUCCUAGAUGCAAGCAAACUAAAUCUAAUAAAAGCCAAGCAACCCUUAA